AUGGCUCCGAGAAUUAGUCUAUCUACAAUCUCCCUGACACAGGCAGCAGCCUUGUUGUCUGCGUUGGCUGUUGCGUAUACAGUCGCUGCUGUUGUGUAUAGAAUUUACUUCCAUCCACUAUCUAAAUACCCCGGUCCCAAGCUCGCCGCAGCUACUCGUCUGUGGUGGAUGAAGCAGCAGCUCGGUGGUCGUUUCCCGUUCAUUGUCCAUGAACUGCAUCUUAAAUAUGGUGAGAUCGUACGUAUUGCACCAAGCGAGCUUUCCUUCACGAGCGCAGAUGCAUGGAAGGAAAUUUACGGCUUCCGUAAUGGACUCCCUGAGAAUCGCAAGGACCCCGGUGAAAAUACAGACGCCGACAAGUCACAUCCUACCAUCAUCAAUGCCGAUCGUAAGACACACGGAAACUUACGCAAGUUACUCUCCAACGCGUUCUCGGACAAGGUGCUGAAGGGACAAGAACCCGUGCUAUUGCACUAUAUCGAUCUCCUGGUCAGUCGUUUGCAUGAGGUGGCUGAUAAAGAGGAACCUGCGGACAUUGUUCGAUGGUUUAAUUAUGUAACUUUCGAUAUCAUUGGUCACCUGGCAUUCUACGAGCCUUUUGACUGCCUCAAGAACACCGAUUAUCACCCCUGGAUGUCCAUGAUUUUUAAUGCUAUUGUUUACGUGCACUAUAUCCGCACUUUGCAAAGGUUUGUCGACGUCAGAUCAAUAAUCCUAGCCAUCAUGCCGAAGAGAAUUGUCGAACGUCGCAAAUGGCACAUUGGCCUCGUUGAAGAAAAAGUCAAACGACGCAAAACACGUCAUCCAGAUUACAUUGAUUUCAUGAGUCACCUACUUCAGGCAGAGGAGAGUGGCCACCUAACAUUACCAGACCUGGUAGCUAAUGCCAAUUUGAUGGUCAUUGCAGGCAGCGAGACGACAGCUACAAUCCUUUCGGGAACUAUCUACUACUUGUGUACACAUCCGCGUGUGAUGGAGAAGCUCCUGGAAGAAGUUCGCACGUCAUUCAAUGCUAGCGACGAGAUAAAUAUUGCGCGAAUUAGUCAACUCAAGUACAUAAAUGCUGUUAUUGAUGAGUCCUUCCGCCUCUAUCCGCCAGCAGCAGGUAGUCAUCCGCGCAUUACGCCACCAGAGGGCGCAUUUAUUCUUGGCCAAUGGCUUCCGGGUAAUACGUCCAUGGGUAUGGCACAAUAUGCUGUCUUCCGUUCUCCAUACAACUUUAAAGAUCCUGAGCGCUACCUACCUGAACGAUGGCUAGACAAGGAAGGGCCAUAUGCAAACGAUCGUCGAGAGGCCCUACAGCCAUUCUCAUUUGGACCUCGCAAUUGUAUUGGUCGAAACCUGGCCAAUAUCGAGAUGAGACUCAUCCUUGCUAAAAUGCUUUGGCAUUUCGACUUUUUGUUGGCCCCUGAAUGCGCCAACUGGCCUAAAGAUCAGUAUAUCUAUACAUCAUGGGAGAAGAUCCCACUCAAGGUCCGCAUAACAACGAGGUCUAUAAAGGCUUGA